AUGCCUUCCAUGGCGAGCUCCAUCCACCCCGACUUCCGCGACGAUGUCACCUCAGCGGAAGCCCAUGCCGUGGACCGGGAAACAGAACGUCUAAUCCAUCAACAAAUGGCUGCAGACAACGCAAGUGGUCGUGAAAGAUACAUUCAGCUCGCCAAAGAGAUGCUGCGUAUUAGACUGCGCGCCUACAAGCCCGAGUCACCACCCGUUGCUGGUGCAUGGUGCCUGAUCGGAUCAGCACAUCUCAAGGCCUCUCAGCUGCAAGAGGCAAAAGAAGCCACUGAGAAGAGUCUUGAGAUAUACGCCAAAGGCGACGAUAAGGAUGCCGCGGCAUUGGCGAGGGAGCAGUUGGGUUUGAUCUUUGAAGGCUUGGGCCAGAUUCCUGAUGCUAAGAACAUUCGACUGCAAGGUGCGAGUGACGGAACGAUGGUGUGUUCGAGUCCACGGUGUCCGUAUGCACAUUACGCGUUCCGCGUGCAGAACGACGGCCGCCCCGGGCUCUUCAAGUUGGCUGAACUGAAUGCGUGUGGUGCAUGCAAUUCGGCUUUCUACUGCGAACGGCAAUGUCAACUGCAGGACUGGAAGAGACAUAAAGUUCCUUGUAAGGCAUAUACGGCUGCUCAAGUAGAUUAG